AUAUUCCCUCAAAGAGAGAGAGAGAGAGAUAGAGAGAGAGUGCGAGUGAUGCAGAGAGUGGUAGCAGAAAUCAAGUGAAAGGAAUUUAAUUUUCACAACAUCCAAGCCAACCCACCACCACCCCUUCUCAUUUCCCCAAGAUUUUUCUCCAUUCUCAACUCUCUCAAGCCCUAGAAAUUACUAUUAUUAUUCUUAAUUCUUCUCAUAUAAACACAAACAGCACAGUAUCACACGCACAUAAAUGAUGCUUUAUCUCUUCUUCUUCAUGGGUUCAUAAAGAAGAAGAAUCCAUUCUUGUGAUUCCUGAAGAGCAGACAAAAUACAUACUGUGAAGUGAACUAGAGGCUCAAACAAAGAUCAAGAAUGGCCUCAGUUUCAUGCCCCAAGCCCAGGUACUUCUUGGCACUCUUUUUCCUCAGUCUCUGCUUCAAAUUCAUGUCUGCAGACCCAAACUUGUCAUUUGCUUUCAAGAAUUUUGGCAAAGAUUCAAACUUUGACUCUCUGAUUGCUCUGUAUGGUGACACUAAGGUGGUUAAUGAUAGUUUGUCCAUAGAAAUUGAUGGUAGUGAAAUGAGUCCUGGGGCUGGAAGAAUCAUGAGUAAGAAGCCCAUUAAGCUUGUUGAGGGAAAACCCAGGAAAUUGGUGUCUUUUUCCACUUAUUUUGCGUUUUCUUUGUCAAGGCUAAGUGGGGAUGGGCUUGCAUUUGUUAUGUUACCAGAUGGGUAUCCUUUCAAUGUGUUUGAUGGUGAUGGUGGGUCAUUUGGGGUGUUGAAUGGGGGGAAUUACAAGUUUCUUGGGGUUGAGUUUGAUAUAUUGAAGGAUGAUAAAUAUGGGGAUGUUAAUGGGAAUCAUGUUGGGGUUGACUUGAGCAGUUUGGUAUCUGUUAAAGUGGGGAAUGUUUCAUCCCUCAAUUUGGAGCUCAAUAGUGGUGAAAAGUUGCAAUCUUGGAUUGAGUAUGAAGCAAGCUCAAAGAGAUUGGAGGUUAGGUUGAGCAAAUGGGGUGAGAUUAGGCCAGAUUAUCCACUGAUUUCUUGCUUUGUUGACUUGUCCCAAAUGUGGAAGGAGGAUGAGGUGUUUGUUGGGUUAAGCACAUCAAGAUUGUGGAACCAAUCUCACAAGUGUAGUGUAUAUUCAUGGAGUUUCAAGUUAAGGGCUGUUCCAGAUUGGAUGCAUUCUCAGCCAUUGGAUCCAAAGGCUCUUCGUGUGGGGAAACCGGAGGAGCAGCUGAGUGUUCCUAAGAGAAGCGACGACUGUGGUUUGAAAAUCCUCGGUGCUUUGAUCUUUGGCACUGGCUGUGGAGCGCUAGGGACACUCAUGGCGUUGUUCGUUUGGAGCGUCUUAAGAAACAGGCGGCCUAUUGUGCCCGAGGAGCUAACUCCAGAGCCUAAAGAAUACGAGUACAAGAAGUUCCAAGUAGUUGUAGAUGAUAAAGCCAUCAAAGAUGGUAAGAAUUAGGUUGAUUCAUGCUCUGUUUUGUUUUGUUUUGUAAAAUCCUCGUUCAGUUUUGCACUCUUUAUGGUUGCGGUCUGUGUUUAUUGUGUAGCUGUACUUUAAUGAUCAGUGGCCAAAUAUGAGUAACCAGUGUUAUGAUCAUUAAAAUACAGCUUCAAUCUGUCUGCCUUCUCACUUUGUUGUUUCUGUGUAUUGUAGUAAGGUCAUUGCUGAAUAUGUGUAGCUAUAUUUUCCAACUUGAAAUCACUUGUUUGUUUCAUCUA